GGCUACGGCGGGCUACCGUAAUAAUUGUAGGAAACGGAUUAGCUUGCUGUCCGUUGUAUGUCUGUGUUUUUACUUUGUAGCCAAGAUCCGCUGCCCAGGAUAUAUCUGUGCCACAGCACGGGUAUUUUGUUUUUACUUGCUGGAGUUGGAAUUAACAGCCAAACACCAUUUAGCAAAAAGAAGCCAUACAUUUGCGAAGACAGAUAUCGUUACUCCUCGUUGACGGUAGAUCGGUUAAACUGAGCUAAUUAGCUAGCAGUAGUGUGCUUCCUCGGCGACUCGCAGGAUGUCGUACAGGAAAACUUUUAAACUUAUUUGUGGGCUCGCCGGAGGCUCUGCCGUGCUGGUGUUCGCGGCUGCCGCUGCUGACUCUCGGGGAUACUUUGGAGAGCAGCGCGGAGAGGCGACCAGUCGGUGGUCAAGAUUCACCGUUCUUCGAGCUGCGCAGCCGGCGUGGACACCUACCAACCACACACCAGCCCCGACUGGACACGCCUGGGACUUUAACUGGGAUAAGAGAGACCCAUCUGUACUGUCUAACGGGAAGAAGAAAGAGAGUGCAACUGAGGACCCCACCUCUGAGCAGGACAACGGCAAACCCAAAGCUACACGCAAUAUUCUCCUCAUCAGACACUCCCAAUACAACCUGAGUGGGAGCAGCGACAAGGAGAGGAUCCUCACUCCAUUAGGUCGUGAGCAGGCCGAGUUGACUGGCCAGAGAUUAGCUGCACUGGGACUGAAGUACGAUGUUCUGAUUCACUCCAGCAUGGCCAGGGCCACUGAGACUGCAAAUAUCAUCAGCAAACAUCUUCCAGGUCCAGGAGUGGAGCUGGUGAGCUGUGAUUUGCUGAGAGAGGGUGCGCCUAUUGAGCCGGUUCCACCCGUCACUCACUGGAAGCCCGAUGCUGUGCAGUACCAUGAAGAUGGAGCUCGCAUUGAGGCAGCCUUCCGCCGCUACAUCCACCGGGCUGACCCCAAGCAGAAGGAGGACAGCUAUGAGAUCAUCGUGUGUCAUGCCAAUGUCAUCCGUUAUUUUGUUUGCAGGGCUCUGCAGUUUCCUCCAGAGGGCUGGUUACGUAUGGGCUUGAACAAUGGGAGCAUCACAUGGCUCACCAUUCGACCUAGCGGCAGGGUGGCCCUCAGAACUCUGGGAGACGCAGGAUUCAUGCCCCCAGACAAACUAACACGGACCUGAUGGCCCCACACACGGCAGGUUUCCGGGACUCGGGUCGGCCACAGGGUCAAAGCUCAGUUUUCUCCUUAAGUGUCUUGAAAAUUACUUUUGAUGUUAUUAUUUUGUAACUGAACUACCAUCAUGUAGUAAGACUCUGUGGUGUUGUUGUGAUUACUUCAGUGCCAUAGAUUGCCAGCAGAAGUGAUUAACAGCUGCAUAGCAACUCCUCCUGAAUGUAACUGAGGGUUUUUCACAAGUGACUGAUUUUUAAACCAAAAAAAGUUGUAUUUGUAUAGCUAUUGUAAAUGCAAGUGCUGUUAGCUUUACAUGUCAUUACAGUACUCUGAAGUGAGGAUUGUGUGUUGUAUAGUGCAGCUGUAGUAAAUAAAGUACAAUUAUGAAUGCCA